GUGACUCUCAAUCUUUAUUUGCAGAGGAGCGCUCGUCCCGUUAUUCUCUGUAAUUGUUUUUUUAUCAAUAAUUUUUCUGUGUUUUUCGAAUAGACAAAUUACUGAUUUCGGCGGAAUAGGAAAGCCCAGAGUGGCAUUGCCUGCCAAUCUGUAGAAAUGUCAUAAAUAUGGUGUAAAGAAGCGAGCUUUCCAGUCGGUGGGCGAUUUUUUUCUUCAUCACUAAGAAUCACCGGGAGGAAUUUCUCUGUUUUAUCAAACGCAAGUAUGUCAGGAAAACAUUUCAACGUGCACGAAGUGGGCUGUUGCAUCAAAUACUUCAUAUUUGGAUUUAAUAUUAUAUUUUGGCUGCUGGGGGCGGCGUUCUUGUCCGUGGCUCUGUGGGCCUGGAGUGAGAAGGGGGUUCUCUCCAACAUAUCCUCCAUCACAGAUCUGGGCGGGUUUGAUCCAGUGUGGCUGUUUCUCGUGGUGGGUGGAGUGAUGUUCGUGCUCGGCUUCGCAGGAUGCAUCGGUGCUCUGAGAGAAAACGCCUUUCUACUUAAGUUUUUUUCCGUUUUUCUGGGAAUCAUAUUUUUCCUGGAGUUGACCGCGGGAGUCUUGGCGUUUGUCUUUAAGGACUGGAUUAAAGACCAGCUCAAGUUCUUCAUCAACAACAAUAUUAGAGCAUACAGAGAUGACAUUGACCUACAGAAUCUCAUCGACUUCACACAAGAUUAUAUAUUUGGGAUCUGCCUGGCACAGAAUCUUCUGAGUGACAUUGAGGCGGUCAGGGAGAGCUGGUAA